GCGCUGAAAGGAGCGCUCCCAGCCGCAGGGGUGGAUGGCAAGGAGCCGGAAGAAAGAGAAGUCAGAAUAAAAGGACGUAAAGCAGAAAAGAAGAAGAAGACUAGGAGGAGGAGAGGAACGAGGAGAGGGAGAAGUCCAGAAGAGGAGAAGAAGUGAGGAGCUGGUGGAGUGACUCAGUGUGAUUUCUUUAACAGCUGCAGCGGCUGUCAGUCAAACACGAACAGACCCGCCAGGUGGGCUCAGGCCCCGCCCCUUCAGGAUGAAUGGAAGCGGCUCAGCAGGAAAUCCCAGCUCUGCCUCGUCUUGCUCACUUCCUGCCCACGCUAACGAGGGGACGCUGAAGACAGAGUCUCCGAAGAAGGACCACCAGAGCACAGAGUCUGCCAGUGUGCCUGGGUCACAGAAGAACCAGAGGCCAGGAGGGAACAAACAGGCUAAAGAGAAAACAGACCGGCGGGAUCCUCACACGGAGAAAACCUCAGAAAAUACUCCAGAGACAAACAGGCUAAAGGCUAAAGAUUCAACUUCUUCAAAAAAUGAAUCAAAACCAGAUCGACCACAACCAGAAAACCUCUUUCCAGACCAAACCGAACUAGAUCCUCUUCCUGAAUCAACAGAUUCUGGUUUGGGGGCAGAUCAGAGGAACCUUGGAGAUUCUGUCAGACCAAAACAUGAACAAGAACCGGGUGACUCUCAGGACUGUCAAAACCACAAAGAUCUUUUUUGUGCAGAUCAGAAAACUAAAGAUGAGAAAAGAAACUCAUUUAUAACUUUGCUAACAGAUGAAAAGGAUGUCCAGAAUAAGCUCCAUAUUUCUGAGUCCAUAGAGGAGAAAAAACCUGAGAGGCUUCAGCAUUUCCAAGAUCCUCCUCACCUAAACACCCACAAGUCUCCUCCCCCUUCUCCUGCAGACCAGAAAAGACACUUGGAUCCUCCAGCUAAAAGAUCCGCCCUGGCUCCACCAGCUCCACCUCUCACCAUUGAGGCUUUCUGUGACCAGAUGCAGCCCGACCCUGCAGGUUUUCCUUCCGGGGAGCCCAAACUGUGCGGCUUCCUGAUGAAGCAGGGUGGGCCUCUGAGGGCCUGGAAGCAGCGCUGGUUCACUUACGAGGAGAAGAAGAACCAGCUGUUCUACUACCGCACACCAAACGACGUGAUGCCGCUCGGGUGGGUGGAGCUCAGCGGUGCCACCUUCACCUACCCACUGAAGUCAGAGCCGGGUACCUUCCAAAUUAAGACACCUGAACGGACUUUCAUACUGAAGGCUGUGACCGAGGAGCUGAUGCUCUAUUGGCUGCAGCAACUACAGGUGAAGCGCUGGCAGCACCGAAUGAUGUCCAUGUGCUCAGACCCAACAAACAACAACAACAACACUGCAGAUGACUUCCUGCCAGUGUUGAAGAGCCCCAUCGGUCUGGUCGGGGAGGGGGCCGCCAGUGUGCCGAUGACGCGAAUUCCCCUCGCCAACGUGUCGCUCAAGCAUCCGCUCAUCGAGAUCCAAAACUCAGUCCACUGUCUGCGUAAGAGGUCAUCCCAGGACUGGAGUCAGAGCGUGUUUCAUGUAGAAGCUCCUCCCUGGAUUCCCCCGAACAUUGCCGACACAGUCAACACCCCCACUUCUCCAACCCUCAGCACUCCCUCUGAAUCCCCGAGCCUCUCCCCUCCCCUACCAUUGCUCAAUGCCGCUGAUCAGGCGCCCCCUACAGAUGGCAGGGAGUCACCAUCACUGUUUGAGAGUUGCAGCCGCAGGGUGAAGGCUCGCAGCACGUCCACCUUGCCUGUCCGCCGCAGAGACAUGGCGUCUCAGUCCUCAGACCGGAUAGGCCGCUUGCAGCAGGAAAAAGAGAUGCUGAUGGAGGAGGUCAAAGCUCAGAAGGAGCUGGUGUGGAUCCUCCACAAAGCGCUGGAGGCUUCUCAGCUGGAGAAGCGAACCUGUGCCGAGUUUUUGGCAGAGGAGGAUGAGCAGGAACGUCUGGAGCUGCUCCGACACCGCGAGCGGCAGGCGGCCGACCUCCGGGGGCGGCUCGACGAGGCCAAGAUGGAGGUGGAGGUGGUGAAGAAGAGUCUGGCUGAGAAGGCCAUGCAGGUCGCCGAGCUGCAGCACAACAACAGGAUGCUGAAGGAGAAGAACAACGCCAAACAGGAGGUGAUCAUAAAGCUGUCCGAUCAGGUGACAGCGUGUCUGUCAGAACCGCGGCGCCCCGACUCGUCCUCUGCCGGCCGCAUCAACUCUCAGACUCUCAGACAGCUUCGGCAGGAGAACAACAACCUCAAGGAUGACAUCGAGGCAUAUAAGACUCAGAACAAGUUUCUGAACUCUGAGAUCUACCAGCUGACCAAACUGUGGAGGAAAAGCUCAGAGCAGGAGAAAACCCUGAUGGUGAAGUGUGCUUUCCUGGAGGCCACUAACUGUCAGGUGGAGAGCCGUUACCUGGGAGUCCUGCGGAGGCUGCAGGAGAUCAAAUCUCUGCAUCCGGCCCAGCGGGAGGCCGUGCAGAAAAUGAUCGAGGACGCUCUGAAGGGAGAGCUGAAGAGAGUCACGAAGCUCAGUGUGCACAGGGAUCAUGAUGAGUACGGCUUUAAGAUCAUCCCAGACUACGAGGUAGAGGACAUGAAGCUGUUGGCAAAGAUCCAGGCACUGGAGAUUCGCUCCCACAACCUGCUGCACCAGGAGUGUCUAGAGCACCCCCUGCUGAGCCGCUGGGCUCAGUACCUUGCAGGCAGGUCCAACGAUGACUUCAUCAUCACACCUGAGCUCAAAAUUCUGGUGCGUGAAGGCGUCCCUCGGGAGUAUCGGCAGAGAGUGUGGCGCUGUUUGGUCCGAGCCAGAACUUUGACAAGCCAAGAGCGCCACCCGCAACGCUAUCAGCAGCUGUGUGAGAAGAGUCGGACAGCUCCUAAUCCUGCCUCCAGGCAGGUCCAGCUGGACCUUCACCGAACCCUGACGACCAAUCAGCACUUCUCUUCGCCGUCCAGCCCCGCCCUCCAGCAGCUCCGCCGCAUCCUUCUGGCCUUCUCCUGGCAUAACCCUGCCAUUGGCUACUGCCAGGGACUAAACAGGUUAGCGGCCCUCGCUCUGCUGGUCCUCCAAAGUGAAGAAGAUGCCUUCUGGUGUCUGGUGGCAGUGGUGGAAGCCAUCAUGCCUCAGGACUACUACACCAAGAAUCUGGUGGCCUCUCAGGCGGACCAGCGCGUGCUGAAGGACUUCAUGGCGGAGAAGCUUCCUCGCCUGGCAUCUCACUUUGAGGAUCACAACAUUGACGUCUCUCUGGUCACCUUCAACUGGUUCCUGGUGGUUUUUGUGGAGAGUCUGCCCAGCGACAUCCUGAUGCCUCUGUGGGACGCCUUCCUGUAUGAGGGUACCAAGGUGAUCUUCAGAUACACUCUGGCUCUGUUCAAAUACAAAGAGGACGACAUCCUGAAGAUUCACGACAGCGUGGAGAUCUACCAGUACCUACGCUUCUUCACAAAGACCGUCUCCAAUGCCAGGAAGCUGACCAGCAUCGCCUUCAACGACAUGAACCCAUUCCCCAGCCGGCUGCUGAGGAACCGGCGAGUGCUCCACCUGGAGCGCCUGCAGGCGGAGCUGCGUGAGCUGGAGGAGCAGCAGAAGGAGUUCAUCACCGAGAGCGUCGUACGGAAAGACAAAGAGCUCGACGUCGUGGUGAGCGAGGACGACGAGGACCUCUGAUCACACGGGACGCUUCAGCUGCUCACUUCGAGACGACGAUGAGUUUUCCAUGUGUUCAAGAGAAUUUCACUAAACCGGCUGUUAACUGGUUUCCUUCACACUAAACACAGGAUUGUGUCAGGUUCACCAUCUCUACUAACACUACAAGGAAACAGACACAUACAGAUUUAACUGCAUCAUAUCUCUGAAACAAGCUUGCAGUAAACAAAUGUGUACUGUGUUCACGUGUGUAAUAAGUCAGGCUGCAGAAAUGUGCAGAUGUAUUUCAGUGAAUUCAUUUGGAUUAAUAUGUGAUAGCUUAUUUAUUUCAUUGCAUCUUUUGCUUUAUACCUAAAAAUGCGUGACAUUUCUAAAUGUAGUCACAUCCCUAUGAAACAUGGUUGAUUAUCAGCUGUAGUCACAGCUGGUGAUAAAGUAAUUAAAAUGUCCAGCUAUUCAAAAAUAGGGCAUUCUGCACAAUGAGUACUUUUUGGUACUUGAAGUAUAUUUUGAUGCUGAUGCUUCAGGGCAUUGUGCUGCAUUGUCGAAGCUCUCUGGGCUUCCGGUUAGAACGACCUCACAGUGUUUUAUUUUGAUCUGGUGUAAAGUGCAUUGUGCAGAAAUGACAGCAUGAUAGUCACAUGAUAAAACUGACUUUUCUUUUUUUUUUAAUUUUACUGGG